AAAGGAAUGGCCGUCGUUGAUGACCAUCAUUCUAUUCUCUAUCACACGCGGAACCUACAAAAGUAUUAAUCAAUUGAAAUAUUCUGACGAACAAGAAAAUAAAAAAAUUAUUUAAAAAUGUCGACAAUGGCAAGUCCUUUAGCUGUGGGAGGUGUGAGGCAAUCAGGUGCUCCUGUAAGGACACAAAAUGUUAUGGCUGCUUCGGCUAUUGCUAACAUAGUCAAAAGUUCUUUAGGACCUGUAGGAUUGGAUAAAAUGUUGGUCGAUGAUAUUGGGGAUGUAACUGUUACAAAUGACGGAGCAACUAUUUUACGUCUAUUGGAAGUUGAACAUCCUGCAGCUAGAGUACUAGUCGAGUUAGCUCAAUUACAGGAUGAAGAAGUUGGAGAUGGCACAACAUCUGUUGUCAUUGUUGCAGCUGAAUUAUUAAAAAAUGCAGAUGAGCUUGUUAAGCAGAAAAUUCAUCCAACCUCUGUUAUCAGUGGUUAUAGGCUUGCUUGCAAGGAAGCCUGCAAAUACAUACAGGAACAUUUAACAAUCAAUGUCGAUGAAUUGGGAAAAGAUUGCUUGGUCAAUGUAGCUAAAACCUCAAUGUCUAGUAAAAUUAUAGGAGCUGAUGCUAAUUUCUUCGGCAAUAUGGUCGUUGAUGCUGCUUAUGCUAUCAAGAUAAAUGAUGGUAAAGGUGGACAUCUAUAUCCUAUUAAAGCAGUUAAUGUUUUAAAGGCUCAUGGCAAAAGUGUUAGAGAAUCUGUUCUUGUACAUGGUUAUGCACUUAAUUGUACGGUGUCUUCACAAGCAAUGCCUAAGAGGAUAGUCAAUCCCAAGAUUGCUUGCUUGGACUUUUCUCUACAAAAAGCUAAAAUGAAGUUAGGUGUGGAAGUACUUAUCACUGAUCCUGAAAAAUUAGAGGCCGUACGCCAACGAGAAAUUGAUAUUACUAAAGAAAGAGUUCAGAAAAUUUUAAAUGCCGGCGCUAAUGUUAUUCUUCUAUCUGGUGGAAUAGAUGAUCUUUGCCAGAAGUACUUUGUAGAAGCUAAGGCUAUGGCAGUACGUAGAUGCAAGAAACAAGAUCUAAAAAGAAUUGCUAAAGCUACAGGGGCACAAUUUUUAACUUCUUUGACUAAUAUGGAAGGAGAGGAAACCUUUGAACCAAGUUUCCUUGGUGAAGCUGCUGAAGUGGUACAGGAAAUGAUCUGUGACGAUGAGCUCAUUCUUAUAAAAGGACCAAAAGCUCGUACAGCUAGCUCUAUCAUUUUACGUGGACCAAAUGAUUAUUAUUGUGACGAAAUGGAGCGUUCUGUACACGAUGCUCUUUGUGUUGUGAAGCGUGUAUUAGAGAGUAAAAGUGUUGUCGCUGGUGGUGGUAGCGUUGAAGCUGCUCUUUCGAUUUAUUUGGAAAACUUUGCUACUUCUUUAAGUUCUCGCGAACAAUUAGCCAUUGCUGAAUUUGCCAGAUCACUUUUAAUAAUACCUAAAACAUUAGCUGUUAAUGCUGCUCAAGAUGCAACUGAUCUUGUUGCCAAGCUGAGAGCUUAUCACAAUUCAAGCCAAACAAAAGCAGAUUUAGCUGAAUUAAAAUGGGUUGGGCUUGAUUUAUAUGAAGGAACUAUAAAGGAUAAUAAAAAAGUUGGUGUAUUGGAACCAGCUAUUUCAAAAAUAAAAUCUUUGAAAUUUGCUACAGAAGCAGCGAUUACUAUACUUCGAAUCGAUGAUAUGAUUAAAUUGGAUCCUGAACGAUCCAAAGAUAAAUCGUAUCACGAUGCAAUGGCUGCUGGUGAAUUGGAUUAAUUUAAUUGCUUUAAUUAUUAAAUAAUUAUAAGAAACAUUUUCAUAGCAAAUCUUGUUCAAAAUUUUAUCAUUAUACUAAUGUGUCUCAUGUGUUGAUUAAGAACUUUUAAUAAUAUAAUUUUUAAGUAAUUAUCACACAUAACAUAUAUAUUUACAAUUAAAUAACGUAUUAUGUUCGCAUUUCAUACAAUUACUUAAUUCUUGUACAAGCGUACUAAU